GGUGGGCGGUGCGCGUGCUUCCGGAAGCACAGCGCGGGAGCAAAAUGGCCACCACUAAACGUGUGCUGUACGUGGGUGGGCUUGCAGAGGAGGUAGACGACAAAGUUCUUCAUGCUGCUUUUAUUCCUUUUGGAGACAUCACAGAUAUUCAGAUUCCUCUUGAUUAUGAAACAGAAAAGCACCGAGGAUUUGCUUUUGUUGAAUUUGAGUUGGCAGAGGAUGCAGCAGCAGCUAUUGACAACAUGAAUGAAUCUGAGCUCUUUGGACGGACAAUUCGUGUCAAUUUGGCCAAACCGAUGAGGAUUAAGGAAGGCUCUUCCAGACCAGUUUGGUCAGAUGAUGACUGGUUAAAGAAGUUCUCUGGGAAGACUCUGGAAGAAAAUAAAGAGGAAGAGGGGUCAGAGCCUCCCAAAGUGGAAAAGCAGGAGGGAGAGCCCGCUGCAAAAAAGGCCCGGUCCAAUCCGCAGGUGUACAUGGACAUCAAGAUCGGGAACAAACCAGCCGGCCGCAUCCAGAUGCUCCUGCGUUCGGAUGUCGUUCCCAUGACAGCAGAGAACUUCCGUUGCCUGUGCACCCACGAGAAGGGCUUUGGCUUCAAGGGGAGCAGCUUCCACCGCAUCAUCCCCCAGUUCAUGUGCCAGGGCGGCGAUUUCACGAACCACAAUGGCACCGGGGGCAAGUCCAUCUAUGGGAAGAAGUUUGAUGACGAGAACUUUAUCCUCAAGCACACGGGACCAGGCCUGCUCUCCAUGGCCAACUCCGGCCCCAACACCAACGGCUCCCAGUUCUUCCUGACGUGUGACAAGACGGAUUGGCUGGAUGGCAAGCACGUGGUAUUUGGGGAGAUCACGGAAGGCCUGGAUGUCCUGCGAAAGAUCGAGGCCCAGGGCAGCAAGGACGGGAAGCCGAAGGAGAAGGUGAUCAUCUCCGACUGCGGGGAGUACGUGUGAGAGGCGCUUUCCCUGCGCUGCGCCUGCGGGUCCGGGAUUCGUUCGCCCCGGGGAUCCAGCACAUGUUAAGCAGAGGUCCAUGACCUGGCCCUUCUCAGGGUCAGCGUGGAGCAGCUCCCCUGCAGGCCGGCCUGGGCUUCCCCUGGCUCUUUCCCAAGCGUAGCGGUGGCCCAGGAGCCGGCACAGGGGCCCCCAUCCCCGCAGUUGGUGGCUGGGCGUGGCCUUCAUAGGCCUUUGCCGCCAGGGCCUCUCCUCGGCCCACCAGUGUGGUUGCUGGACAUUUCUUGUGGUAAAAUGAAUCAUAAUUUAUUUUGCCAGAUAUAAUAAAUCCUCCCCCAAAACUGGUGACUUCA